ACCUCCGCCACGGUUGGAGGCAGUGUUUCACCAGGGAGCCGUUGGGCCAGACGGAGCUCCAGCCCGCAGAAGAAGAGAGCCGCUCCCCCACCGGCGUUUCUGUUUAGCCGCAGAAGGUCGUUCGCAGCUGGGCGGUAUUUGACACUAUUAAAAACCCCCAAAACUAGCACAAAUAAUUUUAUUUUAUUGUAAGUUUAUACGUGGAGUGAUGUGAGUAUUGCUGGGGGAGGAAUAGAGCAACGCGGCUGUACGUCGCGUUUAGCCGGUCGGGCUCGUUAUGAAACCUUGUUAGCGGCCGUUGGCUAACGUUAGCAGCUGACGGACGUUGGUGACGCUGACAGCUCUUAAAGCGACAGUACGCAGAAAUGAACAGCCAGUGAACGCGCGCUACUUAACGAGGUCAGUCAGCUACCACCACGCUCACGUUGGCAUUGAUAGACCCAGGAUCUGUCCUCCUCGGGCUGCUUUAAUGGCAGCCACGGCCGGUGCCCGGAGGUUACCCAUGGGUGUGCGGACAUUUAGUGACUUCCUCCAGAUGGCCUCUGUGGGAAGCCCCCGCUCGUGUCUCGGCGGGGCUCAGAGAGGAUGUCUGCGGCAGAGCAUCAGACACUUGUCCUCAUGCGGCAUUUUGAUGACAAGAACUCCCAAAGUGAUUGGCCUUCAAGACUGGGAUACAAUGUCAACUGUUCCCCAAAGCAGAAACUUCAUCAGUUUCACCAACAAAAGGAAGGAGUACUCUGAGCGCAGGAUACUUGGGUUUUCUAUGCAGGAAAUGUACGAUGUGGUAGCCAAUGUUGACGAUUACAAGCACUUUGUGCCCUGGUGUAAGAAGUCCCAGACCAUCAUGAAGAGAGCAGGCCACUCCAAAGCCCAACUGGAAGUCGGAUUUCAUCCAGUGGUGGAGAGAUACACGUCUAUGAUCAGUAGUGUCCGGCCUCAUCUAGUCAAAGCAGUGUGUACGGAUGGAAAGCUAUUCAAUCACCUGGAGACGAUAUGGCGCUUUAGUCCCGGUAUUCCUGGUUACCCUCGCACCUGCACGGUAGACUUUUCUAUAUCCUUUGAGUUCCGCUCUUUGCUGCACUCCCAGUUAGCCACCAUGUUCUUCGAUGAGGUUGUAAAGCAGAAUGUCGCCGCGUUUGAGCGGCGAGCCGGUAAGCUCUACGGCCCAGAGACUCGAAUCCCACGAGAGCUGAUGUUUCACGAGGUGCAUCAGACGUGAUCUCAGCAGCUGUAUGUUCUCAUCUGGCCUUAAACCAUAACAACCUUUAUUCCCUUUAUCAACACCAACCUGCAUGAUGCUUCUUAGUCGACCAUCACUUCGAGUCUCCAGCGCUACAGAGACUUCACAGCCCCUGAAGAUGUUAGGCAUCCAACUCUAGUAAGCGUUAUGUUGGAAUUCCUGCAACAACAUUCUUGUUUAUCUCCUCUGUGUGUUCGGUUUGUCCCCUUCCUGUCUACCUCCACCUAAAGGACGCUUGUUUAUUAGAAGGAACCCACCGUUGCUCUCGCUCCAUGGCAGUUACAAGCUGUAUUUGUAUAAACAAAACAGUAAAUCAUUGCAACAUCAUGUUACCAAUGGUAGAGUCGACUAUUAUUUUAAACGCAGAAGCACAGUGACACUGAACAAAACAGCCUUUUUAUCUUUUAGACAAAAGACACAAACGUUUGCUCUCAAUAGGCAUCAAGUCUUAUCGGUCACUGUGAUCUCAAGGCUAUAUGCCGCACUGACACGAUGUCAAAUCUGUGUGUUCACUUUUUAGUUAACUUCAGCUGCUCAUACCAUAAGCAUGUUCUUUGCCUCUAGUUUUACCAUUUACAUUCAUUUCAAAGUGAAGUUUUAAUAUAUUGUUUGACAUAUAGUACGUAACCUGGUGGACAAUUCAUUCAAUCGUUUUUAAUUUAUUCAUCAGUGGUCAUUUGCAAAUUCUUACUGUUUUAUUGGGGUUCAAAUUCAUGUGCCAUGUUGGAGCAUUAAGUGUUGUCACACUUUGUUGUGACGAUAUCAUUGAAGUGCAACAUUAUUCACAGGGAAAAUGAUAUUUUUUUCAUUAUUCAGCUGUGCCCUCAAUUCACUUGAGGUUUGGGACAUUUUGCUUUAACUUGGAUUUUGAUGUGCUGUGAGAAUUGUGUUUUUGGACAUUGACACUUGGCCUGCUAAUUUUAAUAAUGUCUUAUUUUACAGCCCAGAACAAGUAACUAUUAGUUGAUUAACAGAGGUGGGGGGGAACUUAACUUUGCACCAACAAGGGCACCUGAUAGACUGGAGAGUACUGUGAAAUACUGUUAAAGGUAUUACAAAUGGAGAUCUUAUAUCUUCUUCAGGUUAUCACUAAAUGAUCUGCUUUAAAUCAUGGACAUUUGUUUGAUAAGCCGACUUAUAGAAUUCAAUAUAACGAUAACUGACGUGUUUACGUCAAUAUGUAAUACAUUCUGUAAAAGUAUCCCCACUCUGCUUGUUCACUGAAGGUCAUCAGGAGGAUGGUAUAUAAUCCUAUGAUGUACAUUGUUGGUUUAAAAUAUACUGGUGGGCUGCAGAAUAAAACAUUAUCAAUCAUUUAUCAUUGUCGUUGGCUUUCAUGCUUAUUUUUUUGGAAAGUUUUAGCUUUUACUUAUAUAAAUUAUGAAGCAUGGAAACAAAGAGGCAAAAAUUGUAUUUUUGUGUUGCAUUAACUGUGCAUGACUUCAUUAAUUUGGGAUUUAUAUUUCAUAUACAGUCAGCCCGUGGCUUCAUUCCAUGAUAAAGGCUCCUCAAGUUUAUUGAUUCUAUCUGCCAUUUUUAGAGUGGACCAUGUUCAACUUGCAAAAUGUCAAUGGAAAGUCAGUGUGUGACCUUCCUCAUAAUAGGCCGUACAUUAUGUCCACAGGCUCCAAGUCUCUAGCCGAAUACAACAGAGUAUCUCCAAAGCUGUAUUUUGUCCUCAAUGCUUACAUGCUUUAUGUUCUCUGUAGAUAAUGUGAUUGGAAAUGAAGGAUAGUUAACCAUUAACGCAUGAAAAAUGUUAAUUAAAUCAAAAUCUGUGUGAAUCACUGACUUAAAAAAAAAAAAUCACAGUCCAACUUUUUUGAGUGUUGUAUCUUUAUGGAUCAAUAUAGAUUGAGUCUAUUUUAUUGAGGCUCAUUUGGAUUUCAAUAAGGCAUGGCGCUCAUAUUGUCAUAAAUGUUGCAUCUAAUAAUGCAUUUUAACCCCACGGUUUUUUUUCAUUUCGUCAGACAUUUAUUUUCAGUAUGUUGCGCACAAAUUGAACUUAUUGUAGUUGCCAAUACUCUGUAAAUACAAAACAUUAAACAAUUAUUUUAAUAUAAACUGAAGAGUAUUAUAUGAUCCCCUCUGCUCUCCAUCCCCGGGGAAACUGCAAUUGUUUGAAUGACCUAUGUUCUAACAGUAGCAGUCUAGUAUGUACAUAAGGAUGGAGGCACAUCACCAUCACUGGCUGAAGAGUUCAUACAAUUGAAAAUACAAACAUUUUGCAUACAUUAAAUCUUGCACUUUUUCUGUUGCAAGCUUAAGUGUAUCCCUGUAAAUACUGUGUGUAUUUCAAAGCGUUAUUUAAAUAAAAA